AUGAAUCAGAUGAAUGUUACAGGGAUGAACCCUGGGGCUGGGGGCCCCGUGGGUGGUGUUCCUAUGAUGAAUAACGGUUCCACGGCUCCUCGCAACGAUGGAAAUGUGAACAACAUACCGGAGACGAUGAUCAACAACCUUAACACAUAUAUCUAUGAUUAUUUUCUGAAGCGAGGCUAUCACGAGUGUGCUAGGGCUCUCGUAAAAGAUGAGUCGAUCAAACUGAACACGGAGCCACCUACAAAAACCAGCCCGGGCCAUCGUCGUGACGAUGUGAAUGGCGUUGAAGGCGAUGCGAUGAUGACUGAUAGCAAGGACGGUGAUAAGAUAAAGAUCCCUGACGACCUUCCUCGCCCCAAUCUCGCUAGCGAAAGCCAACAGUCCUCAUUUCUGCUCGACUGGUUCAGUCUUUUCUGGGACUUCUUUUGGGCCCAACGCAAAAAAGGGAACAGUAAUGAUGUGCGGCAAUAUCUUCAGCAUACUCAGAAUAUGAUGCGACUCCGAGAACAGCAGCAUAACCAACUGUUACGGCAGCAACCAGUGAUGCCCGGACAGAUGGGCCCGCUCAAUAUGCGCCGCAACGGCAUGGUUCCUGCGAAUCUUCAAAAGACUGUGUUGCAAAAUAACACUGGCGGCCUGUCCCAGCAACAAUUAGCCCAGUUCCAAAAGACCCAGCAAAUGCAGAUGAUGCAGCAAAUGCAACGAGAACAUUCUGAUAUGGACAUGAACGGCCAUCGCCCGCAGUCUCCCUCCUCCGCCGAAAAUGCCCCUUCACCGUCGAAGCGACCACGUCUCGAAAACGGCCCGAUGAAUGGACAACAAUUGGCUCCCAACGGGCGGGGACAAGGCCAGGGUAUGCCCGGUCAACCGAAUCCUCAGGCGUUAUUGAUGCAGAAUGGGCUCAAUCCGCGGGCGAUCAAUCCGGCCCAGUUUCCAGGGUUCCAGCAGCCAGGCCCAGCUGCUCAGCAGAAAUCCAUCCAGGUAUAUGCUCAGAACUUAGCCCUUCAUCACUCGCGCUCAGCACUGAAUAACCAGGGCAUCCCGAAUGGCUUAAUGAACCCCGGUGUCAUGCCGAACCAGACUGAUCUGGUGCCUAUGCCAGACGGCCAGGGUAUGUAUCCGAUGAACGGGGACUACUAUGGCGCGAAUGGUCCGAUGGCCCAGGUCCGCGCGGGGAUGCAGACACCUGGCGGUCAGCACGGUAAUCAUGCGCUCCAGGAUUAUCAAAUGCAGCUCAUGCUGCUCGAACAGCAGAAUAAGCGGCGUUUGAUGAUGGCUCGUCAAGAGCAGGACAGCAUGUCUCGUGCUGACGGUCAGCCCCCAAUGCCUGGGCAGCAGGGUUUGCCCCCAGGCACCUCUCCCCAAGGCAGCAGGGCGGGCACGUCACCGAACCCCAACGAUCAAAUGAAGCGAGGAACCCCGAAGAUGCCUCAAACCGGCCUGCCAGGCUCCCCGAGUGCCGGUGAUCCAAUGGUUCAGAACCGCGGAUCUCCCGCUGCGAUGAAUUUCAAUGCCGGCCAGAUGCCACCCGAGAUGGCCGGCGGUCAGUUCUUCAAUGCGAUGGCCGGCCCGAACGGUAUGCGCCCGCCAAGUUCCAACCCGGCUUUCACCGGUCCGCAGAUGGGCCAACCCAUUCCUACCGGAGCAGCCAACCGGGUCGCGGCCGCCAGUUGGCAACAGCAGGGCCAGCCCAUGGCGCCGCAACAAUCACCAGCGCAACAACCUCAACCGACGGGAACACCUCAGCAGAAUUCGAUGCCUCCCCCUUCGGCGCCGCCAGUUGGUGGUCCUAAUGCUGGUCGCGCAGCGCCCCAGUCUCCUCAAAACCCAGCUGCAACUCCCACGCCCCAGCCAAGCAAGGCUGCGCCGAAGAAGAAAGAGCCCAAGGAACCUGCACGAAAGCGGGCCACAAAGAAGACCCCUGCUGCUGCGGCCGCUGCCGCCAAUACGGCUGCUACACCUUCUUCAGAAGCUGAGCAUCCGCCAACAACCCCAACUCCUCCAACGCCAACAAUUACUCAACAUCCUAGCUCUUUCAAUAAGGCUGGACCGAACGUCACAACAACUGCUCCGCAGCCAACAUCCGCACCGGCACCUCAGCCUAUUGUGCAACAGCCUCCCCCAGACCAAACCCAGCAAUCUUUCAAUGACCUCAGCAUCCCAGAUGCGUCGGCGUUCAACCUUGAUUUCAGCGCUCUAGAGAACCCCGACAUUCUCGAGAACUUCGACUUUGACACCUUCCUUAACACCGAUGCGGAUACUGCUGGAUUCGGAUUCGACCCAAACAUAUCCUACCCAACAGAUGGUGUUGAGACCGGUGCCGGCGAUGGCUUAUAA